AUGACAAAUAGUACUUUAGAAAGUCCUUCUUUAUUUUUAGUUGAAGAAAGAAUAAAAACAUUUAAGAACUGGCCGUUUAGUGACAAAAAUAAAUGCAAUGUGCGAAACAUGGCUGAAGCUGGUUUUUAUUCAGUAGCGACGGGUGCUGAUGAUGCUGAUGCUGCCAAAUGCUUUCUAUGUGGAAAAGAGUUGGAUGGUUGGGAAGCUAGUGAUGACCCUUGGGCGGAGCACAAGAGCCAUGCUAUGAAAUGUGCCUUCGUUCAGCUGGGAAAAAAAGAAGAUGAACUGCUUCUCUCAGAGUUCCUGUCAGUCAUCAAACAGUACAUGAUUAAUGAAACAAAGCGCAUUGCGGAGCUGGCCAAAGAAAGAGUUGAUGAAAAGGCAAAGGCUGUGCGCAGAAGAUGCCUAGGAAGGAAAUGA